CAAGGAGAGGACCUAAGAAUUGCAGCAUGUCAACGUAUAAAUGCGAUCCAAAAAUGAAAACAACAACAACAUAUAAUGGCAACUCUGGAACGUGCUGUCCAUUUCAAAUGCUUCAUCAGUGAGCAGCCCAAUGCGAUAAAGAUGAUGAUGAUGAUGAUGAUGAUGAUGAUGAUGAUGGAGAUAGAGGACACUCUUCACUCUGACAACCAUGGGGGAGUAAGCACUAAAGUGCGAAGUAGAAGGCAAAUAAGUGUUCCUGCAAAGUUACUAAAAAUCUGAAAAGUCAAAAAUUGUUGUAAUAAAAACAUUACCUUCCUAAAUAGGAUUUUUAUGCAGCUUAAGACAGGCAAUUAUGCCACAACGAAUAAUCAAGAGGUUAUAUGUUCUCACCUGAUCUAACAUAUAAUCCGUGAGAGUAAAUGAACAGUCCAUUGUUUAACAAAAUUUUCUAAUAGAGGAAAAUAAUAGCAGAUUUUGCAUGUGGAGCCUCCUAAAACUAGUGCCUCCGCUGCGACUCCAGAGGGCAGAGGCAUCAUUGUCACCUCAGUCCAGAGAAAAAAGUUGGGGUAAGUCCCCGACGUUUUAAUUUCAGAGCAUUGUGGGGGGCGGGGAGCCCUGGGGUGGCUCCACAGUGGCUUCUGCGUCAUAUAAACAACACAGCGCCACUGUGGAGCGCCCCCGCCCCACCCCCGGGCCUUUCCCCAUGUCUAGACACCCCCCUGGAGAGGAAGAACUGAUACCAAGUUUUCUUCAACCUGGUGUCCUCCAGAUGUUUUGGAUCACAACUCUUAGACUCCCUAACCAAUGGCCAUGCUGGCUGGGGCAGAUGGGAGUUGAAGUCCAAAAUAUCUAGAGAGCACCAGGUUGGGGAAGACUGGCCUUUGCUGUCAAAAGGGGUUAGGCUUGCAAUUCUUAUUUUAAAGGGCUAACAUGAACACUUACUUAUUUAGUCCAACUCUGUCCCAUGUUUUCACCAAAGAAGAAUACAGAAAUGUAAAACAGAAACCAAAUAGACAAGACAACAAAAACAGAAAGGUGAAAACAAUGAAUGCCAAAGAGCAAAACAGAACAACUAUAAUGUUAUAUGAAUAGUUAAACAAAUCACUAGAACUCAGGCUAUUUGGAAAUACUCUGUGAAAUAAAAUGGUCUUGACCAGCCACAAAAAUGUGUAGCGAACAUCUAAUGGUAAUCUCCGUAGGCAGAAAACCCUGCACUCUCUGUUCCACCGCUGAGAUAAUGAGAAAAGGGCAUAUUUACCACCUGUAGCUCUGCACCUCUGCACCAUUGAGUGAUUGAAAGGGGAGGGGAGAGAAGAGCAUUUGUGGAUGAUUUAUGUGUACGGGUAGAGGUUCACUGAGGAGCAAAAUCCUUCAGGUUCCUCCCAGACCUUUAGGGCUGUAAAGAUUUUAAAAACACACUCUUUUGUGACAGUGGAAAGUAACUGGGAUCACGUGAAGUUUCAGAAUUGGAGUUAUAUGUUGUAUUUGACUUUACCCCACUCCAGUUUUAACUUUUUUUUAAAAAUGUAGUCAAAUAUAGGGGUAACAGAAAAGGAAAACACGUCUUGAUAACACAAGAUAAACCUUAAGUGAUAAAAGGGCACUCCUGGCCAUAGCUGCCAAGGUGCCCCACUAAGUUCAGUAGUUGUGAUCCCAUGUGGAUAAGUACUCGUCAUUUCACUAACACAAACGAGGUUUGAAACAAGGUUUAAAAACAGUGCCAAAAUACUCUGGGCACCUGGGUAUACCUAGGCACCUUUCUAGGUAUUCACACAUGUAUUGCACCAGAACAGGUGCUAUGUCUGGGGGAGGGGUAUUUUCAGCUUCUCCAGAGUGCACCUUCAAGUGCUAUGAAAACCUGGCUUGACCAAAGACUGUGGGCAGCACGCAAUAAAACCGAAUGAUUCUUCUACAACACCAAUUCCAAGUCUCUGGAAAGCCAUUGACUGUACACAGCUGCUGUCAGGUAAAGUAGAGGUGAAAGAUUUCCAUCCCACUUGAUUGCCAGCAAGUCCUCAAAGCAGGCAAGCCCCAUUCAGCAUGAUGGGUGAUGUUGUCACACAGAGGAGGGCCAGGAUCUCGUCUCGAUCCUCCCAGAGUGCAGGACACGGAAUAACGGGCUCAAGUUAAAGGAAGCCAGAUUCCGGCUGGACAUCAGGAAAAACUUCCUGACCGUUAGAGCAGUACGACAAUGGAACCAGUUACCUGGGGAGGUUGUGGGCUCUCCCACCCUAGAGGCAGCUGGACAACCACCUGUCAGGGAUGCUUUAAGGUGGAUUCCUGCAUUGAGCAGGGGGUGGGACUCGAUGGCCUUAUAGGCCCCUUCCAACUGUACUAUUCUAUGAUUCUACGUGGGGCACAGUGUGGGGAUGUUGCGAACAGGCUGCACUUCCCCAUUGGCCUCCAGGCUACAUGUGGCAGCAUAGCCCCCCCCCCCCCAUUAUUGGUCUGUGUUUCUCCUCCUCCUUCUUCUUCCUUCUCUCUCUCUUUCUCAUAGCAUCGCAGGUGCCUGCUGGCUUCCCAAUCAAAGGCUGUUCUUUACCUUGUUGACAAGAUGUUCCUGAAGUGGCUGGGACUUGUGCCUGUGCUUUUUUGUGCCUCUGUGGACAGUGCAGAUAAGCUGUCAUUCCACAUGGACUCUAUGAUUGGGAUUCUGGAAGACCUGGAAUUCCAUCUGAGAGGGACCCCGGAGCUGAUCGUGACAACACUGCUCCAGGGGUCGGAGUUCUGCACAAGCGAAGUCUGCCAGUUCUUCCUCGGCCCAGUGCCUUCAUUGCCUUUGGAUUUGCCUUACCUGAGUGAGGUGCAGAGGGCUUUCCUCAAAUCCCUGGUGAAUCACAAGGUGGACAACAGCUCUUUGGUAGAACGCGGUGUGCUCUUAACUGCCGACGGGACAACAGUUGCGCUUACGCCUCUUCUUGCUGGAAUAACCGCUGGAUCCCAGCAGAGGCAUGAGCUGGCUCAGCCUGCCACAGCUGUCAGCACGGGCCCCUCAAACAGCUCUGAUGCAGAGCCGCUUCUUCCUCCGGACCCCCUCUUUGCCACAACAAUUGCCACGGAGCUCGGCAUUGCCUCUCUCCUCUUCCACAAUAAUCAGAGCCAGGUGGCCCUGGGGCCAAAUGGCUGCUGGGAUAAUAUCUCCACACCUCAUCAGUUCGCCUUGAUGGGUCCUCCUUCACAAAUCCCCGAUGCUUUUAUCAACGGGGCAAUGGAUGGUCUCAUCCUUGGUAUGCACGUGGCGUGGAAUGCUGACCCACCGCCCAGCCUCAGUGCCCUGCUGAGAGCUUACUAUGGUGGGGAGGGCCUGGAGGGGCAAAAGGAGUUCCGAAGCAACUUCCGGAGGAAGAACUUUGCUGUUCUGGUGAGUGAGGAGAAGCUGAGGAAGGAGGUGGAGAGUUCUCUGCGCCUGCUCUGGAGCCUGAAUGACACCAGCUCCCUCUUUGACGGCAUCACCAGUGAGGCGCUAAUACUUCUUGUGAACCAGACUGUCGAAGAGUUCAUGGCACUGUAUGUAGAGUGUCCUGCAAUGAUCCCACGGUGCAUGUGGGGGGCCCGGCCCUACAGAGGAACACCAACUCAGCUUCAGCUGCCUUUGGGCUUUGUAUACAUCCACCAUACUAGCACCCCUUCAAAGCCAUGCCGGAACUUCUCAGCAUGUGCAGCUAACAUGCGUAGCAUGCAGCGCUUCCACCAGGAUGUCCGUGGCUGGGAUGACAUCGGUUACAGCUUUGUUUUCGGAAGUGACGGGUACCUCUACCAUGGCCGGGGCUGGCAUUUGCAAGGUGCUCACACCAAGGGUUACAACAGCAAAGGCUUUGGCAUCAGUUUCAUUGGGGACUACAUGAAGGUCCUCCCAGAGGCCUUUGACCUGGAGCUUAUGAAGAACAACUUCUUGAAGUGUGCCAUAAGGGGCUCCAGGCUGCAGGCCAAUUAUACCAUCUAUGGGCACCGUCAGAUGAAGCCCACUCUAUGCCCAGGAGACAGACUCUUCCAAGAGAUAGAAACUUGGAAAGGUUUCAAGGUCAGGUGCUUUAUGGACAAGGGUGUUCACCACUGCAUCUAACCUACAGCCCCUGAUACCAGGGAGAGGAGCCUUCAUUAUCCUGCAAAAUGCCAGCAGUGCCCUGGUUAUACACCAGGGGGCAGCAGCUCCACAUCUGCAAUAAACCAAGAGCCAAAUUCAAAUUCCUCAACUGAAAUAAAUGUUGAAAGAUG